GGAAACCCAGCAUUCUGAGCAAAUCCUAGCGAACACGAAGAGUAACGUUAACAGUUUUUUCAAUAAAGUUUACGUGUUAUUAACAACUUAGGUUGUUGUUAUUGUUGUGGACGUGUGUUUUCCAACCGCCAAGAUAGAGCCGAUUACAUCAGCCUACAUUUCUUCAUUCGAAGAUCUGACCACUGUUGUUCAUGGACAGAAAUGCCCUACUAUAGGUGAACUCAUGGAUUCACUACAGCUGUCUGAGCUCCAGACUUUCUUCAGUAAUAACAAAGGUGAGCUGGCGUCUUACGCUUCUAAAAAGUUUUAUGUGGAGUCACUCGACUUCUCUCCACUUGACAUUCUCGAUCCCAUGCUUGAACGUGCAUUAGAUCUGAGUGAGUACAUUUGUCAAGACUAUUUCGACCAUCACAGAUCCAACAUUUCUACUCAAAUUUCCUCAGAUUAUCCGGAGCAUCAAAGUCUACCACAAGUGGUGCUAGAUGCUACAGCUGUGGUCCACGAAGGGAAAUACCUGGGCGAAGGGUCUGUGCUACCUCGGACGGAGGUUAACUUCUUGGAGCCUGGCCACAGCCCGGGGUCUUCCGAUGGGUCCAGCUACUACAGCGACGAUAGUCAAAGCACAACGCAGCCGAUGCCAGAGUUUAGUCAGCUGACAUCACCAGGGGCCGAGGGACCUAGCACCAGCUUCCAGUGGCCCAGCUGCAGCACUGCAGUCAACAGAGACAAUUACCCACUCAGAACGAACACAUCGGGCUAUAGUUUAAAACACGAGGAGUUUAGUGGUUUCGAUACUGAGGACUUUGGAGUACCUACUUCGUUAGCGCACAUGGCACCACAGCCUCAAUGCUCAACAUCUGAGGUGUCAUCCUUUCCCUUUGUGACAUCACCUUCAACAUCGCUCCCUUCACCAUCAUCCACGAUAUACUCUGUGUCUAGUCCUGGCACCCCGGGCCCCUCGGGGCCAAGCCGGGGUCGGCGCCCUCACGGCUCAAGCGCCCCUUACUCAACGAAGUCCAGGCGGCGCCACGUUGAGAAGGGGACGAUGGAAUACGUGGAGAAACGAGCCCGUAACAAUGUUGCUGUGCGCAAGAGCCGAGCCAAGGCCAAGGAAAAACAACGGGAGACCGAAGGUCGGGUCAAAGGUCUGAUGGACCAGAACCACCAGCUUCAGAAGAAAGUGGACAUGCUUACCAAGGAAUUAACUGUACUCAAAGGAUUGUUCUUGAACGUUGGAGCUUCUAUACCUGAUGAUUUUCUUAAGCUUAUCGGAGAUUCUUGACAAGGGUAAUGUCUGUGUUAAACUUUUUUUUUAAAUUUUUGGUUCUGUAAGUUUGUAGCUGAACUAUUAUGACAUUUGUUACCAAGUCUUACAGAGUUGGUGUUUUUUUUUAACACCUGUGUUUUAAUGAAACGGUGUCUACGAAAUUGCCAAAUCUGAUGAAGGAUUAUAGUCAACAAACUAGGCAGCCGAGAAAUCCUGUGGUGAAUGGUCGCGAGUCUUAUAUGCUGUGAUGUCUAAACUCAUUACAUUCUGACAUCCCAAGUACUAUUCUCCGUGAGCAUUUCCGGGUGCAUGCAUGGACGUGUGGUAUACUAAAUAUAAAUUAUGACAUUUACAUCUUUUUUUGUUUCUCCUCUCUCUCUCUCUCUCUCUAUUGAUGAUGUUUGAUAGCAUGAAAUGAACACUUAGUUACACUUAGUAGUAGCACACGGGCCCACGAUUUAUUUGUUGGGCUUGUUGAUUAGUUAUAGACUGAGUGAUUUAUUUUUUUAACACGCGCGUAAUCCCGGUUUUAUACAUAAUAUAAAUACAUUUAUACACGAAUACUUUGUUGAAGUUUUGUUCAUGUUUACAUUGACCACAUUGGUGAUAUGUUGAUUUACUUUUUUUUUUAUAAAAAAAACACCACACAUAUUGGGGGAAAACUAUGUUUGUAUGUAUUACUUAGCUUUCUAUUGUGAUAACUGUUUGACGUAUUACUUUAGCUUUCUUGUGAUUGAAGCUUAUAUUCUAUACGGUUCCUUUUGGAAUCAAUGGAGUAUGAUUUUUCAUUAUCGUAUAGUCAACUUCACUCUCACCCGAACCAUCUUCCACAGUCCUGCCCCUGUAUUAUAUUCAUACAAAUGUUCAUCUCCUAGUGCUACCACAUGACUCAUUCAUGCAUCUCCCUGUGCCACCACUUCAUCUCUUCAUACAUCUCCUUGUGCUACCAUUUCAUCCAUUCGUACAACUCCUUGUGCUACCACUUCAUCCUCUCAUACAUCUCCAAGUGCUACCACUUCAUUCAUUCAUACAUCUCCUAGUGCUAGCAAUUUAUCCAUUCCUACACCCUAUCAUCUCCUACUCAUUUAGUGCUACCGCCUCGUCCAUUCCUACACCCUAACAUCUCCUACUCAUUCCCAAACCCUGUUUCUUUUUUAUGUAGAGUAUGUACAAAUUUAGAUUUUUUUAAAAUUAAAAUUGUUGUCAUAAUAGCCAAUGUUGACCAUGCCAAAAAUUCUAUCUUUAACUUACUUGAUCUCUGUCAUAAUAUAGUUUGUUGAGCAUCCACAUUUUUUGCUAACUAUUAUUACAACCAUUUUAUAUUAUUUAUUUUUUUUCCCUUCUGAUAUUCAAUAUUUCAAUAUUUUUCUUACUGG